GAGGAAAUAGUGUACGAAGUUGUAUAUUACUAAGAUACUUCGAUAAAUAAACUAUAAAUCAACUUAAUAUAAUUCAAAAUUUAAUUAUACUUGUCGCAAACAACAUGUCUACUGCAUACUGUUACCUUUUAUUAUAGUGAUAAAAAAUCAUUGAAUCUAAUAACAAUGUUUUGCAACGCAACGAAAUAUGCAAUUAUUUUGAUAUUUGUUAUUUUAUAGUUUGUCACAAUUCCUAAAAAGUGUUAGACGUGGAAGGGUUAACGAUGUUUUGAUAAAGCAUAAUUUAUAAAGUGCACGAUGCGAGUGAAUUUACGUAAAUUUAUUAUAUUUAGUGGUUCCUUCUUAUUACUAUGGUUUGUCGUGUCGUAUUCAUCAUCUUACGGUCCCAUUUACAAGCCGAGGAGCAGCGUAUCGGAUAUAGAGAUGGAAAUAGACAGAUUACAGCACAAGAUGCAAAAUCAGCUCACAGAUAGCUAUAGCUUAUUACAAAAAGUUAGACUGCAUUUAAAAAAGUCUGAAGAAAGGAAAGAUGGGAGCGUUAACUCUCAGCCAGCUUGGAAUGAAAUUAACACUAACCAGAAUUACAAAAAUCCAGUGUUGCCAAUAUUAGUGAUCGCCUGCGACCGAGUCACCGUGAAGAGGUGUUUGGACAAUUUAGUCAAAUUUAGACCAAAUAAAGAAACAUUCCCUAUUAUAGUUAGUCAGGACUGCGGGCACAAUGAAACUUACCACGUUAUCAAAUCAUAUACGGACAGUGACCCCAGCAUCACGGUGGUGAGACAACCGAAUCUAUCGGAGAUACCGUUGCCGCGGGCGAAAGUGAAAUUCAAAGGUUAUUACAAAAUAGCAAGGCACUACCGGUUCGCUUUGAACCAUGUUUUUGUUAGUAUGGAACACGAGGCUGUGAUUAUUGUUGAAGAUGACCUUGAUAUUUCUCCAGAUUUUUUCGAGUAUUUUCUUGGAACGUAUCCUCUACUUUUUAAGGAUCCCAGUAUAUGGUGCAUAUCUGCAUGGAAUGACAAUGGGAAAAAGGAACACAUCGACCUGUCGAGGCCUGAACUCUUGCAUAGGACGGACUUCUUCCCAGGCUUGGGCUGGCUGCUUAGGAAGGAUACCUGGCUCCAAUUGGAACCAAAAUGGCCACAAGCAUUUUUCGACGACUGGCUUCGCGAUCCUGAGAACACAGACGGUCGAGCGUGUAUAAGACCUGAGAUAUCAAGAACGUAUAGUUUUGGGAAGAUUGGCGUUAGCAAGGGUCUGUUCUUCGAUAUGCACUUGCGGUACAUGCAGCUAAACAUGGAAUUCGUCGAAUUCACUAAAUUAAACCUCACGUAUUUAGUUAAGGACACAUACGAUGAAAACCUAACAUCGUUUGUGUACAGCUUGCCAGAGGUAUCCGCUGAGGAUGUUAUGACAAGCACGGGAACUGAACCCGCUGUCCGCGUGUCGUACUCAACAGCGAGGACUUACCAACGUGCGGCUAAGAAGCUGGGUCUUAUGGAUGAUUUUAGGAGCGGUAUCCCAAGAGCAGCGUAUCGCGGUAUAGUGACAUGUUUUAUAAGAAAUCGCCGAGUCUACCUCGCCCCUAGUUACGAGUGGACCAAAUACGACCCGACUUGGGGUUAAUAAACGUUAUAUAAAACCUUUUUGCUAUGUAUUUUUUAAUCCUGUUAUAAAAGUAUUAAAAACAAAACCAAUCUA